AUGCUCUCUGAGUUGGAGGCCAUGGUCUUCAUCGCUCAGAUUAAGCUUCGUGAGUGCGUUUGCCAAGGCAACGAGGUUUCUUUUUGUACGCGGUACGGUGUGCCGGAUUGCACGUGCCGUAUACGCGUCUACCAUGGUGAGAAUGGUGAUAAUGAGGACCGUCCUCAUUGUAGCAUCCUGAUGAAGGCAUUUUCGUCUGACUUGAUCGAUAGCGUGUAUCCCGUGGAGUAUCGUCGUGAUUCAAUCUUGUUCCAGGAAUCCUUGAAGUUUUAUUUGGAUUUAUGGUGUGUUGGUUAUCCUUACCGGUAUCAGUGUGAUAGAGGAGAUUAUGUUUGCGAGCGUUACAUAUUCGUCAUACUAGGCCUUCUCGGAGAGGGGCGGAGCUCGCGUCAUAAGCGCAAGAACGAUUGA